AUGCAGUUCAAAGAAACAGACCGGCUCCUUAUUCCUUCUCCGUCCCACUCCUCAACAAGGUGGUGGUCGGAGGAGACAGUGGCCAUAGUGACCGGAGCAAACAAAGGAAUUGGGUUUGCGGUGGUGAAGAGAAUGGCGGAGUUGGGACUGAAAGUGAUCUUAACAGCCAGAGACAGUGAAAGGGGUUGCAAGGCUGUUGAAGCACUUAGGACUCAAGGUCUUCAUAGUAUUAUCUUUUAUCGCCUCGAUGUUUCUGAUCCUUGUUCCAUCAACACCUUCGCUUCCUGGUUCAAAGAAAACUUUACAGCCUUGGAUAUUCUUGUGAACAACGCAGCAGUUUCGUUCAACGAAAUCAAUGAAAAUUCAGUGGAACAUACCGAGACCGUAAUCAGAACCAAUUUCAAUGGACCAAAGUUACUGACUGAGGCUCUCUUGCCCAUGUUCCGUACCUCCUCCAUGAGUCGAAUACUCAAUGUCAGCUCCAGACUUGGUUCCCUGAAUAAGGUGGGAAACCCUAACAUAAAACAGGUUCUUGAAAGCGAGAAACUAUCGGAGGACGAUAUUGAGGGAAUUGUUAGCUUGUUUCUGGAACAAGUGAAGACCGGGACAUGGAAGACCGGAGGUUGGCCUGAACUGUGGACGGACUAUGCGGUUUCAAAGCUUGCACUGAAUGCAUACACUAGGGUUUUGGCAAAGCGCUACAGAGGAAGAGGUUUGAGCGUGAAUAGCUUCUGUCCCGGCUUCACUCAGACCUCGAUGACUCGAUGCAAGGGAGAUCACACAGCGGACGAUGUCGCUAUCGUUGCUGCUAGGCUGGCUUUGCUUCCGCCGGACAAUAUACAAAGUGGGAAGUUUUUUCUAUGUCUAAAAUCAAAACAAACCAUCCUCAAACUCCUGAUGCACCCUUGUAACAUCUCGAAAAUUCGCUGUAAACACAUCUUAGAGAAGCUCAAGAGUCAAUCAAGUGGGUUGUAUCUGACAACCAUCAAGAUUAUUGAAUCCUAUGCUGUUUCUCGCAGUUUUUGCGACUCUGACUCUUACAAGCUUUGGCAUGACCGUUUGGGACAUCCCGAACGCGACUUGAUGAUCCGAAUUCUCAAAAAUUCACAUGGACAUCUAUUUUUCCGAGCACUGAAGCAUGUUGGAGCUCCUCCUUCCACCGAAAUAGGUGAUGCAGCCGUGCAUGAUGCACCUGCCAUAGGCUCAGCCUCCAAGGCCAUUGCCGAGACUCCAAAUGCCUCUAUGGCUAUCUCUAAUGCUCACCGCUCGUUUUGCAAGGUUUGUUCACUAGCCAAAUUGAAUGCAAGACCAUCUUUUGCUAGUGAUUCUAAACAAAACAUUCCAUUUCUACAAAGAUUCCAAGGUGAUAUUUGUGGACUUAUCAAACCAGAGUGCGGACCAUUUCGAUAUUUCAUGGUUCUGGUUGACGCAUCAACACGUUGGUCACAUGUUGCUUUGGUAUCCACAAGAAAUGCUGCAUUUGCUAAACUCCUAGCUCAAAUUAUUAAGCUCUAG